AUGUAUGGACUGAAUCACACGGCGGAGUGGGCGGCCUGCGUCUCCAGCAGAAGCUGUAUUAGUUUCACGAAUGCAUGCAGCGAUGGACUUGAGGGUGUGAAGAAAAAGGCACCAACAUCCAACCUCCUCUCUGGGCCGCGGGGCCUACGACACCACCGGCGUGCCAAAGCCAGGCACAAUUUUACACCGACGAUUAUUGGUUCAAAUAUUACAGGCAGCAGACGGGAAAGGAAAGCAAAAAACAAAAACAUAGGGAAAACGACAGAAAAGACAGAAAAGAGUCAGCGGAUGGAAAAAGAAAAAAGACCUGUUUUCCGUGGUUAUGCCUAUCCCAGCCAAUACAAAGCCCGAGUUCUUUUCCCACCCCAGAUAAAUGCACAGCAGGAGAACCAGAUAGAAGGGAAAGAUUAA